UUAUUUAACUAGCUGCUACUUUUUAGUACAGAAAUGGUUAGUUUGUUAUACAGAGUAACAGAGAUGACGGAGGUGUACAUGUAGGACAGACUGUACAGUGCUCAAUACAGAGAACGUUCAGAAACGGUGUAUAUUCAGAAAACUCUUCCUUUAUCCUUCGUGCAAUUGCUCUCUGCGUUCCUCCUCCUUCUUCUUUGAACUCUUACAGACAGCACCACGACGCCGAACCCCUCCUCCCUCUCGACCUCACUCUCAGAAACUCUCUGUUCACCUCGGUUUCUUUUCGAAAUGGAUGCCGUUGAUGAUUGAUUUAUAUGGCUCCCCCACCUUCUGUUGUGAGGCUUUUUACGGGAUUUUACUCUGUGGGUCGUUGAAGAACUGGGAGGCCUGCAGAUUCUAUCUAAUAGAGAGUGCCUUUGCACUAAUGGUGGCUUUCCUCAUUAAUGUGUCCGUUAUUUCAAAUGUCUUAGGUAGUUGGAGUUCAAAACUUUUUGCAAUUGCUUUGCUGGCAUCAGGUCAGAGUUCUACCGUACAUAACAGGAACGUAUGCAGGACAAUAUGUUAUGCAGAUAUUGGUGGCUCUGCUGGGGCUGGAAAGCUGAUCAUCAUUAUUGCAUCAAUGAUUUUAUCAUUUGAGCUUCCUUUUCCUCUCAUUCCACUCCUCAAAUUCACCAGCAGUAAGAAUAAGAUAUUGGGGAUUCAUGCAAACUCCAGAGCGGUAAGGUUUAUUAUGAGUAGCAACUCAUCUUCCUAUUCUAUUCCUUUACAUAUUUGAUUCCAGGGUUAGGCUGGGUAUAUUUGAGUUGGUUACAUAUUUCAUUUCCGUCAAACACAAAAUUGCUGCAAAAAGACCUUUUUCUUGUAGUGGGAUCGGUUCUUUAACGCAAAUUUAUUAUGAAAAAUAUUACUCUCACCGCUACUUUCUAUUACUGUGAUUUUUUAUUUUAUUUUUAUUUAGUGAUUAAGUAAGUAUUUUUUAAUAAUAUUGUGAUUUUUUUAUUUUAUUUUUUAUAACUAACGAUACCUACAACGAUAAUUGAGAGCGGUGACGGUAAUGACACUCAUUUAUUAUUGCAUUUUUCUAUAUUGUUUGAACAAAUACCACUUUUCCUCUUAAAUUUUUAUAAUGUUUUGUGUCCGAUAGACAGCGGACAGCAUCGGACCAAGUAAAACCUAACACGAGAAAAUGUGCUCUCGAGGACGGAACUUCUGUUUCGAUCUUCAAAGUUAAAAGUAAUAAUCAACUCCAAUUAUUAACAAUCUCACUCGCCUGAUGAAGCCACCUGGUGCCAACCUUAAUCCACACAAAAACUUGUGUCAUUCUUCGAUUGUUAGCGUUAAUAAAAUAUUCAAAGGCUCACACACAACACAUCUCUCGCUUUUCACCUACCCACCCGUGCCUGCCUUCAUAUCCUAUGUUGUUGUUAUGCGUGAAUAAUUAUUUAUUUAUUCCAAAGAUUAAUUGGACCUAUUUCCAUUUAUUUAGUAGUAUCUUCAUGUCAAUUUGUCCGAGUUGUAGAUUACUAUAAACAUAUAUAAGGUUGGUUAUAUAAUCGUUUAUGACACAAACUUCUAAUGCUUGUUUAUUUCUUUUUCCUGCUUUUUGAACGUGAGAAAAAAAGGUUUGUUAUUACAACACGAGUAAGAGAGUAUGAGUAAGUUGAAGUAAGUUAAAGAUUUCAACAAACUUAUACCAACUCUUUAAAUAAGUUAGCAGUCAUGUUAUUACAACAUGUUAAAGUUUCUGUCCUUUUGAAGUUAGUCUCUACCCUUUCUUUGUGUGUGUG